GCCGGUGGCCCCGGGGGAGGCAGGGGGAGGGGCGCGGAGGCGGCGGCCGCUGGAACCGCGCAGCGUACUGGAACUAGCCCCGCACUUGGCGCCCGCCAGCCCGUCAGAUCCCGGCUGGGCUUUCAGCGGGACACGUGGCCAUCAAGAAUCAUGAGCAACCCCUUUGCACACCUUGUUGAGCCUUUGGAUCCUGCACAACCAGGAAAGAAAUUCUUCAAUUUGAAUAAAUUGAAGGAUUCAAGAUAUGAACGCUUACCAUUUUCUAUCAGAGUUCUCCUGGAGGCAGCCAUUCGGAACUGUGAUCAAUUUUUGGUGAAGAAAAAUGACAUUGAAAAUAUCCUAAAUUGGAAUGUCAUGCAGCAUAAGAACAUAGAAGUGCCCUUUAAGCCUGCCCGCGUCAUACUGCAGGACUUCACGGGGGUGCCAGCCGUGGUUGAUUUUGCGGCCAUGCGCGAUGCCGUGAAGAAGUUAGGAGGAGAUCCAGAGAAAAUAAACCCCAUCUGUCCUGCCGAUCUUGUAAUUGAUCAUUCCAUCCAGGUGGAUUUCAACAGAAGGACAGACAGUUUACAGAAGAAUCAAGACCUGGAAUUUGAAAGAAAUAGAGAACGAUUUGAAUUUUUAAAGUGGGGUUCUCAGGCUUUUCGCAACAUGCGGAUUAUCCCCCCCGGCUCCGGAAUCAUCCACCAGGUGAAUCUGGAGUAUUUGGCAAGAGUGGUAUUCGAGCACGAUGGCUCUUACUACCCGGACAGCCUCGUGGGCACGGACUCGCACACUACCAUGAUUGAUGGCUUGGGUGUCCUCGGCUGGGGAGUGGGCGGAAUCGAAGCAGAAGCGGUCAUGCUGGGCCAGCCCAUCAGCAUGGUGCUUCCGCAGGUGAUUGGCUACAAGCUGGUGGGAAAUCCCCACCCUCUGGUGACGUCCACUGACAUCGUGCUCACCAUUACCAAGCACCUGCGCCAGGUGGGGGUAGUGGGCAAAUUUGUGGAGUUUUUCGGGCCAGGCGUACCCCAGUUGUCCAUUGCUGACCGAGCUACAAUUGCAAACAUGUGUCCAGAGUAUGGAGCAACUGCUGCCUUCUUCCCGGUUGAUGACGUUAGCAUCAAGUACCUGGUGCAGACGGGUCGUGAUGAAGAAAAAGUAAAGCAGAUGAAAAAGUAUCUUCAAGCUGUAGGAAUGUUUCGGGAUUUCAGUGACCCCUCUCAAGACCCAGACUUUGCCCAGGUUGUGGAAUUAAAUUUGAGAACGGUCGUGCCUUGCUGCAGUGGACCAAAAAGGCCUCAGGACAAAGUCGCUGUAACCGACAUGAAAAAGGACUUUGAGAACUGCCUCGGAGCCAAGCAAGGGUUUAAAGGAUUCCAGGUUGCUCUGGACCAUCAUAAUGACCAGAAGACGUUUAUCUAUAAUAAUAGCGAAUUCACCCUCACUCAUGGGUCGGUGGUCAUCGCUGCUAUUACUAGCUGUACAAACACCAGUAACCCGUCUGUGAUGUUAGGAGCAGGACUCUUGGCCAAGAAAGCUGUGAAUGCUGGCCUGAACGUGAAGCCUUACAUCAAAACCAGCCUGUCUCCUGGAAGCGGUGUGGUCACCUACUACCUGCGAGAGAGUGGGGUCAUGCCGUACCUGUCCCAGCUUGGGUUUGAUGUCGUGGGCUACGGUUGCAUGACCUGCAUCGGCAACAGCGGGCCCUUACCUGAACCUGUGGUCGAAGCCAUCACGCAGGGAGACCUGGUCGCUGUCGGAGUACUCUCUGGGAACAGGAAUUUUGAAGGUCGAGUCCACCCCAAUACCCGGGCCAACUAUUUAGCCUCUCCACCCUUGGUGAUAGCCUAUGCAAUUGCUGGGACCGUCAGGAUCAACUUUGAGAAAGAGCCACUGGGGGUCAAUGCAAAGGGACAACAGGUAUUUCUGAAAGACAUCUGGCCAACCAGAGACGAGAUCCAGGCGGUGGAGCGUCAGUACGUGAUCCCUGGCAUGUUUAAGGAGGUCUACCAGAAGAUAGAGACCGUGAAUGAAAGCUGGAAUGCCUUAGCAGCCCCAUCGGACAAGCUAUAUUGCUGGAAUCCCAAAUCUACAUACAUUAAGUCACCACCGUUCUUUGAAAACCUGACUUUGGAUAUCCAGCCCCCUAAAUCUAUAGUGGAUGCCUACGUGCUGUUAAACUUGGGGGAUUCCGUAACAACGGACCACAUCUCUCCGGCUGGAAAUAUUGCAAGAAACAGCCCUGCUGCUCGGUACUUAACUAACAGAGGCUUGACUCCACGAGAAUUCAACUCCUAUGGCUCCCGCCGAGGUAAUGAUGCCAUCAUGGCACGGGGGACGUUUGCCAACAUUCGCUUAUUAAACAAAUUUUUGAACAAGCAGGCACCACAGACUAUACAUCUGCCUUCUGGAGAAAUUCUUGACGUGUUCGAUGCUGCUGAGCAGUACCAGCAGGCAGGCCUUCCCCUGAUCGUUCUGGCCGGGAAAGAAUACGGCUCAGGCAGCUCCCGAGACUGGGCAGCCAAGGGCCCUUUCCUCCUGGGAAUCAAAGCUGUCCUGGCUGAAAGUUAUGAGCGCAUUCACCGCAGUAACUUGGUGGGAAUGGGGGUGAUUCCCCUCGAAUAUCUCCCUGGGGAGACCGCAGACACCCUGGGACUCACAGGGCGGGAACGAUACUCCAUCAUCAUUCCAGAAAACCUCACACCACGAAUGAAAGUGCAGGUCAAGCUGGAUACCGGGAAGACCUUCCAGGCCAUCAUGAGGUUCGACACGGACGUGGAGCUCGCUUAUUUCCACAACGGGGGCAUCCUCAACUACAUGAUCCGCAAGAUGGCCAAGUAGGUCAGCUGCACUCGGAGCCCUGCGCUUGGAGCUGCGCCGGGGGAAGCGAAGCGCCACUAGCCCACAGGGCCCUUGGUGCAGAGCAUCCCCAGCGCGUGGCGGCCUCCCUGCACGGAAGCGCGUAAGCACUGACGUAACUGGUGCCAUUCCUCCGGGCUCAGAAUGCGCAGUUCUGACAUUCUCUAUUUUUGUGGAUCUUUUUCUCUUUUUCUAGAAUUUGGAGCUAGAAUGGUGGGAAUGUCAGUAGUGCCAGAAAGAGAGAACUUGAGCUUGUGUGUGAAGUCACUGAUCACAGAAUGUCGAUUUUUCACUCUUGGCCUGUUAAUGUUCAGCUGGACACAAAUAAGUCUUCUCAGAAGGCAUCCCCUGUCCCCAUUUCUGUUCCUCUGUUAUCCUCUGCUCCAUGAAACCUUCCCUUGAGCGCCACUGGCCUUUGCAUAUUAUGCCAGUGUUAACUGACACGGUAGAUGAAAAUGUUCUCAAAUCACAGCGGUGAUUGUGAUUCUCCUGUCUGCCUUCUUCCUUCGGAAGGAGUGAUCCAGACACCUCGUGGGCAGGUCAGACACUGACAUUUUUUGAUUAUGUGCCUUUAGAUGGAUCAACAUUAAAAAAAAAAAAAAUGUGAUGUUUUCUUUUACUCUCCUCAAAAUUUUUCCCCAGAAAAUUCAUUUGUCAAGAGGAGAACUUUGGUGGUGGUUUUGGAGAGAGACUUAGAACAUUUGUAAUUUGAGGAAGAUUAAAUCUAUUUUCAAGGAAA